GACAGAGGGCGCUGCCGCCGACGAGCCCGCUCGGCUCCGCCGCUCCGCCGCCGCCGCCAUCUCCUUCUCUGAUCUCAUAAAGGUGUCGCGCAGGUUCCGCCCGGGCUCGUCAUUCAGCCGCCCCGGGCCUGGCGCCGCCGCCGCCGGCCUCCUCCGCGCCGCCGUUCCCUUCCCCUCCCCUCCAUCCCUCCCCGCCCUCCCGCCGGGCUGCGCUCCCUCCCCGGCUCAUCGGCUGCCCUGCCCGCCCCUUCCUCCUCUUCCUUCUCCCCCUUCUGCCCGCCCCGGUCCCUUUCUCCCGCCGGCCGGGCCCCGGAGCGCCGGCGCCGUCGGGGUGUGAGCGGGUCCCGGCGCCGUGCCGGGCCGUCCCCUGGCCGGCGGGGCCAUGGCCGCCAGCGCCAAGCGGAAGCAGGAGGAGAAGCACCUGAAGCUGCUGCGGGAGAUGAGCAGCCUGCCGCCCAACCGCAAGUGCUUCGACUGCGAUCAGCGCGGCCCCACCUACACCGACAUGACGGUGGGCAGCUUCGUGUGCACCUCCUGCUCCGGCAUCCUACGGGGCUUGAAUCCUCCCCACAGAGUGAAGUCAAUUUCAAUGACUACUUUCACACAACAGGAAAUAGAAUUUCUGCAGAAACAUGGAAAUGAAGUAUGCAAACAGAUUUGGCUAGGACUAUUUGAUGAUAGAUCAUCAGCAAUUCCAGACUUCAGAGAUCCACAGAAAGUAAAGGAAUUUCUACAGGAAAAAUAUGAGAAGAAAAGAUGGUAUGUUCCUCCAGAGCAAGCAAAGGUGGUGGCGUCAGUCCAUGCGUCCAUAUCGGGGUCUUCUGCUAGUAGUACAAGCAGCACACCUGAGGUGAAGCCCCUCAAAUCUCUCCUGGGAGAAGCUGCACCUGCACUGCACUUAAACAAGGGCACACCUAGCCAAUCUCCUGUUGUAGUUCGAUCUCAAGGACAGCAGCAACAAGAAAAGAAACAAUUUGACCUCCUCAGUGACCUUGGCUCAGAUAUCUUUGCUGCUCCUGCUCCUCAGUCAACUGCAACAGCAAAUUUUGCUAAUUUUGCACACUUCAACAGUCAUACAGCGCAGAACUCUGCAAAUGCAGGUUUUGCAAACUUUGAUGCAUUUGGACAGUCUAGUGGCUCGAGUAGUUUUGGAGGUUUCCCCACAGCAAGUCAGUCUUCUUUUCAGCCCCAAAAUACAGGUGGAAGUGCUGGAUCAGUGAAUGCUAACUUUGCUCACUUUGAUAACUUCCCCAAAUCCUCCAGUGCUGACUUUGGAGCCUUCAAUGCUUCUCAGAGCAACGCAACAGCAACUGGAGCCAGUAAAGCUGCAGUGAAUAAACCAAAUCUUCAGUCAGCAGACAAAUAUGCGGCUCUGGCUAAUUUAGAUAAUAUCUUCAGUUCAGGGCAAGGUGGUAGUGAGCAAGGAAGUGGCUUCAGUACAGUAGUGUCAGUAUCAGGAGGUCCUGCUUUGUCAGCCCCAAAUCAGUCAAGUGCAUCUUCAGACAAGUAUGCAGCUCUAGCAGAAUUAGACAGCGUGUUCAGCUCCACAGCAACCUCUAGUAAUGCAUAUACUUCCACCAGUAAUGUCAGCAGUAAUGCUUUUGGAACAGUACCUGUGGCUGCUACUGCACAGACACAACCUGCAUCUUCAAGCGUGCCUGCUCCGUUUGGAGCAACACCUUCCACAAAUCCAUUUGUAGCUGCCCCUGUUGCCCCAGUGGCACCUUCAACAAAUCCAUUCCAGACCAAUAGCCGAGGAACAACAGCAGCAACAUUUGGUACUGCAUCCAUGAGCAUGCCUGCAGGAUUUGGAACUCCUGCCUCCUAUAGUCUUCCUACUAGUUUUAGUGGCAACUUCCAGCAGCCCACAUUCCCGACCCAGGCAGCUUUCCCCCAACAGACUGCUUUUGGUCAGCAGCCAAAUGGAGCAGGUUUUGCUACAUUUGGACAGGCAAAGCCUGUAGUAACUCCUUUUGGACAAGUUGCAGCUGUUGGAGUGUCUAGUAACCCUUUUAUGGCUGGUGCACCAACAGGACAAUUCCCAACAGGAAGCUCAUCAACCAACCCUUUCUUAUAGCCUUAUAGACACUUUACCCAAAAGAACUCUUAUGUGGUCACAUAACAUCUCUGCGCCUCUUGCACUGUUGUCUUGUUUCACUGAUAUUAGCUUUAAACAAAAAAGAAGUCUUUAAGAAGUUAAAAUAAAAGCCUGCUUUGUGUA